AUGUCAGCUUUUGCUUUAGAACGCUCAAUUGCAAUUAAUGCAGUUCUCCAAGCUAGCAAAGUUUGUCAAACUGUUUUUCGACAUUUAGCAAGCGCGGGAACAAUAACGAAACUGGACAAGUCACCAGUUACAGUCGCUGACUAUAGUGCACAAGCAGUCAUCAACACUAUAUUAGAGAAAUCAUUUCCCAAUGACCCUAUAGCCGGGGAAGAAGAUUCCAAAAAUUUACAUGGCGACGAAAGGAAACCUUUACGCCAAAGAAUUCUUGAAUUGACAAACACCGUAUUAGACGAGCCUUUAGACGAAAAUAAAUUAUUGAAUGCAAUUGACCGAGGAACUCAUCCGGGUGGAAUAAAAGGAAGAAUGUGGACGUUGGAUCCUAUCGAUGGUACGAUGGGAUUCCUUCGGGGAGAACAAUUUGCCGUGUGCCUUGCCUUGAUAAUUGACGGACAAGUAGAACUCGGUGUAAUGGGAUGUCCUAAUUUACCGUUUGACUUGAAAAAUCAAGAAAGCGAAAAAGGUUGCUUGUUUGUUGCUGUUAAAGGACAAGGCGCUUUUCAGCGUAAAUUUUCUUCUCCGGAUGUGCUACCAAUCCACUUUGCGAAUAUCUCUUCUCCAUCUGAGGCAACGUUUUGCGAAUCUGUAGAAUCAGGUCAUUCGGCACAUGGUGACGCAGCGAAAGUUGCAGCCUUGCUAGGAAUCAGCAAACCACCACUUCGCAUGGAUAGUCAAUGCAAAUAUUGUUGUGUCUCGAGAGGUGAUGCAAAUAUUUAUUUGCGAUUACCUACGAGUAGUGAAUAUAUCGAAAAUAUUUGGGAUCACGCUUCUGGAUCUUUGCUUGUUAAUGAGGCAGGAGGCACAAUAUCUGAUAUUUACGGCAAAGCUUUAGAUUUCUCACUUGGACGAAAGCUAACGGCUAACACUGGUGUUGUUGUCUCUCACCCAAACAUACAUUCACAAAUUUUAGAUGCAGUCCAAAAAGUUAUCGUGAAAAAAGAGAAUAUCUAA